AACACACAGCCUGUGUUUGUAGGAGGGCCUGCCUGAGAGGAGUGCUGGGAGGCACAGUGAACCAGGGCCAGAUAUUGCCCAACUCUGAGAAAGAGAAAACACUGGCACAGUCAGGUAGCAGCUAAGGUGAAGGAAGCCUCAGCAAAGUGGCACAGACACCGCUGGGCCCCAUGGCUGAGACAGUCCCAGAAGACAGAGGGCUGCGGAACAGGGCUGCUCCCCAGGAUGCCUCCCAGGGCCUCCAGGACAGCUUGUUCUUCUCUGAAAAUGACAACAGCCUAUACUUCACCUACAGUGGCCAGUCCAACACCUUGGAGGUCCAGGAUCUCAGCUACCAGGUGGACAUGGACUCCCAGGUGCCCUGGUUUGAGAAGCUGGCUCAGUUCAAGAUGCCUUGGGCAUCUCACAAGGAUUCUUGUGAGCUGGGCAUCCAAAAUCUGAGCUUCAAAGUGAGGAGUGGGCAGAUGCUGGCCAUCAUAGGGAGCUCAGGGUGUGGGAGAGCCUCUUUGCUGGACGUGAUCACCGGGAGAGGCCACGGCGGCAAAAUUAAGUCAGGUCAAAUCUGGAUCAACGGGCAGCCCAGCACGCCUCAGCUCGUGAGGAAGUAUGUGGCCCACGUGCGCCAGCACGACCACCUGCUCCCCAACCUAACCGUCCGCGAGACCCUGGCUUUUGUUGCCCAGCUACGCCUGCCCAGAACCUUCUCCCAGGCCCAGCGUGACAAAAGGGUGGACGACGUGAUUGCGGAGCUGCGCCUGCGCCAGUGCGCCCACACGCGCGUGGGCAACGCGUACGUGCGGGGCGUGUCUGGGGGCGAGCGGCGCAGAGUCAGCAUCGCGGUGCAGCUCCUGUGGAACCCAGGAAUCCUCAUUCUGGAUGAGCCCACCUCCGGCCUCGACAGCUUCACGGCCCACAACCUGGUGAAAACGCUGUACCGCCUGGCCAAAGGCAACCGGUUGGUGCUCAUCUCCCUCCACCAGCCUCGGUCUGACAUUUUCAGGCUUUUUGAUUUGGUCCUCCUGAUGACGUCCGGCACCACCAUCUACUUGGGGGCAGCCCAGCACAUGGUGCAGUAUUUCACAGCCAUCGGCCACCCCUGUCCUCGCUACAGCAACCCUGCAGACUUCUAUGUGGACUUGACUAGCAUCGACAGGCGAAGCAGAGAACAGGAAGUGGCCACCAGGGAGAAGGCUUGGUCCCUUGCAGCCGUGUUCCGAGAAAAAGUUCGUGGCUUCGAUGACUUUCUGUGGAGAGCGGAGGCAAAGGAGCUGGGUGAGGGCACUUGCCUGGAGAGCCAGGCCCUCCCCCAGGACACUCACCAGCCCCUGACUUCCACUGAGCUGCCUGGCCCUGUGCAGCAGUUCACCAUGCUGAUCCGUCGUCAGAUUUUCAACGAUUUCCGAGACCUGCCAACUCUCCUCAUCCAUGCAGCAGAGGCCUGCCUGAUGUCCCUGGUCAUUGGGUUCCUCUAUUAUGGCCAUGGGGCCAUCAAGCUCUCCUUUAUGGACACAGCUGCCCUCUUGUUCAUGAUUGGAGCUCUUAUCCCUUUCAACGUGAUUCUGGAUGUCAUAUCCAAAUGUCACUCAGAGAGGGCAAUGCUUUACUAUGAACUAGAAGACGGGCUGUACACUGCUGGUCCAUAUUUCUUUACCAAGAUCUUAGGGGAGCUUCCAGAGCACUGUGUCUACAUCAUAAUCUAUGGGAUGCCCAUCUACUGGCUGGCUAACCUGCGCCCGGGCCUGGAGCCCUUUCUACUGCACUUCCUGCUGGUGUGGCUGGUGGUCUUCUGCUGCAGGAUCAUGGCCCUGGGUGCCGCUGCCCUGCUCCCCACAUUUCAUACAUCCUCCUUCUUUGGGAAUGCUCUCUACAACUCCUUCUACCUCACCGGGGGCUUCAUGAUAAGCUUGGAUAACCUGUGGAUAGUGCCCGCUUGGAUUUCCAAAGUCUCCUUCCUCCGCUGGUGUUUUGAAGGGCUGAUGCAGAUUCAGUUUAAAGGGCACACUUACCACAUGGCUGUCGGCAACCUCACCAUCCCUAUCCGGGGAGACGUAAUCCUCAGCUCCAUGGGCCUGAACUCAUACCCGCUCUACGUCAUCUACCUCAUCCUUAUUGGCAUCAGUGGUGGCUUUGUGAUCCUGUACUAUGUGGCCCUGAGAUUCAUCAAACAGAAGUCCAGUCAAGACUGGUGAUUCAUGCCCAGACUGCUGCUUGCUGGUGGGGACUCUAGAAGACCCUUCAACUGCACUCCUUUCCUUCCUCCCAAGGAGCCCCAUCCCGGGCACCAGGAGGACAGCACAGGGAGCUCAGCUACACCAGCCCUCAAUGUGCAGUGGCACAGGCUGGCCACAGGAUGGCAGUAGAAUAAAGACAGUGGAAGGGGAUUUCUGAUCACUGGCCAGAGCUUGCGAUUUCUGGGAAUGAAAACCAUACUUGGGGACAUCUACAAUGUUGCUAAUUUAUUUCCUUUUCGUAUGUAUUUAUAUAGGCAACUCAGUGCAAGAUGGGAGCGAGUUAGGAAUGAAUUGAGUAGGCUGUGUGAGAACUGGUAGGAUCCAUAGGAAUCAAUAACAAUGCCUAGCAAAAUGUUUGGCCUCGUCUUCCAGGAUCCUCAAACUCUGUGUUAAGUCACUCUCAAUACAGAAGAUGACCUAAAACAUACCAGUGAGAUGCCAUUCUUUUUGUGUGGGAUCAUGGGCUCCAAAAGCCAAACUGAACAAUUAAAGAUUUAUUGAACAUCUGA